AUGACCCCCGGCAACAACCACAACAGGCCCCGAGCUUCACGCUGCGGUCAGACGACCCUCCAGAGAACUCAACGUGCGGCAAUAUUGCAAGGCGCCGAAGUGAGCGCCGGCAGCCCCACAGCCGUGGGACGCGGCAUCGUCUCACGGUUCUACCCGCUGGUCCUGACGCUUUCCCAGUUCACCAGCAGGGCGUUUGGCAUCGAUCUCUUCGAUUCCACGGGAAGUCAGCAUGACGGCCAUCAGCCGACGCGCUCAAAGCUGUCGCGCUUCCUCGUCGCAAUCCCGGAUCAGGAGCAGGCCGUCUCGUUGCGACCAGACGCCACGACUGCGACCGGCCAGGGCACCUCGUCGCCACCGGAGCGACGGGAGCCCGCUCUCCAGGUGGUCCAUCGAGCCCAACUCUCGAUAGUGCGGGCCCUCGCCCGCGAUGCGCCGCCGACCUCCCGCAAGACCAAUGUGCUGACGCUCGGGUACAGCAAGCCAGACGAACGCAGCGAUACCUUCCACGCCCUCGCUGCCGGCCAGAUGGGGCUGGCCAACCACUUUCCCAACACGCUCGUCACGACCAUCAUCACCGCUCCCGAAUGGUCCUACCUCCUGGAUCGCAUCGGCGACGACCACUUCCACAGACUCCUCUCCACCACCGCCGUCUACGCACCGCUCCUGGACCACGAGGCCGAUGGCAGCUGUUACGUGCAGAUGUGCGGUCAGCCGCUGUCGGAGAUGCAGGAGUUGGUGCCGCCUCUGCCGGUCGCUCCGCAGCAACACACCAUGUUGGCUCCCUCGCUGCCACUCAAGUCCGCAUCGCGCAAGCGGAAGCGCAAGGGUGGCCGCGUCGAUGCGAUCGAGGCCGGAGGUGAGCAGCCGGCGGUGGGACCGUCGAUCCGACCGCCGACCAAGGCGGCCGACGUCAGCCGUCCGCGCAGCCUCGCUCGGAUCGCAUCGAUGCCUUCGGCUGCACCCGCGGCACCCGUGCCGUCGCACCAUGCUUCAAAUCAAGACGGCAGCAAACGAUCACAGGUCGUGCGCAGCCACUCCCAGAUAGCCUUUGUCCGCAGCAGGAUCUUCUACGCCAGGCCCAUUCGCGGCAGGAAGGCCAAGGUGGAGCUUGGCUUGCCCUUUGUCCACGUCUUCAAUCGAUCUGCCAAUCCAUCGGAGCUGUCCAAGCUGCUGCGUUCCUCGCAGUCGCUGCGGGCACCCUCGUGCUACCCGGGCGACCCCAAGCCGGAUCAGACGUUCGCCGCCAAGAGGGCGCGCCACGUGCUCAAGUACAUCUUCCCGCGGCAGUUUGGUCUUGACAAUGUCUUCACCACGCCCAAGGACAGCCGGGUCACUUCGCAGCCCCUCAACGACUAUACCACGCGCGAAACCGAGCUGCGCUCCAGGGGCCCUGCAAAGACGCCCAACCGAUUGCGCCAGGCGCUGCCGCUCGUUGCCCUCAUGAUCCGUCGGCAUGACAAGCUGGACUACAAGAAGUUGCUCGACCGCUGCUGCCCGAGCCGGUUGCCGAGAAGACGUCUGACCGUAGCCGAGAAAGAGAGGAUCGCCAACGAUCUGACCGAGCAGCCCAUCCCAGAGUCGCUGCCUCGGGCGGCCUCCACGCCGAACCGCUCUGGCCCUGAUCGCGACGGUGUCGGCGCUUUGCUCGACGGACUGGGCAAGCGAAAGAGGCCUCACACCACCGACAGCGGCGCCGCGCUCUCUCCAAAGGCCACGGCAAGGCAAGAGCAGAAGCCUCGAUUCGCAGCGUACGCGGUUCCCGCCACUGGCCAAGUCGUGCACUUUGUCACCACCGUUGUCCGCCGGCUGGUGCCUCUGGAUCUGUUUGGCUCUCAACACAAUCAGGGACUGGUUCUGAAGAGCAUAUCGCAGUUUGUACGGGCUAGACGCUUCGAGACGUCGACGCUGCACCAGGCCAUGCAGGGCCUCCGGGUCACCGACGUCGACUGGACGCUUCCGCCGGGCAAGGCGGCACGCUGGCAGCGUCCCACGGCCUCGGAAUCGGCCAAGCGGCGUGAGCUGCUGUCCGAAUUCGUCUACUGGCUCUUUGACUCGCUGCUCAUCCCGCUGCUGCGCACGACUUUCUACGCGACCGAGACGGCGGCGUACCGCAACAGGGUCCUCUACUUCCGGCAGGACGACUGGCAUGCCAUCAGCCGACCCUUGCUCGACAAGCUCAAGACGACGGUCUUCGAGCCCCUCUCCCGGUCCGAGGCGCUCGCCGUCAUGUCGAGCCGCAAGCUGGGCUACUCGCACAUCCGCCUUCUGCCAAAGGAGACGGGCGUGCGACCCAUUGUUAACCUGCGACGACGCUCGACGCGGCGGGAGACGGGCACAGGCGCCGACCUGUUGAAGCGCAAAAGGGAGUCCGAGAAGCUGGGUCAGUCCAUCAACUUUAUCCUCCAGUCGGCCUUCCACAUUCUCACCUACGAGAAGAAGCGCUGCACCGCGACGGAUUCACUCGGUGCCUCUGUCUUUGGCCCAAACGAGAUCUAUGUCCAGCUGAAGCGCUUCCGGCAGGAGCUCGAGAAGACGCCCGGCCAGAGGCUUGCGAAGGGCGCCAAACGCAGGCUGUACUUUGUCAAGUGCGACGUCAAGUGUGCCUUUGACAGCAUCGACCAGGACCGGCUGGUGGAGAUCAUUCAGGACAUCCUGAGCGAAAAAGACGGCUACCUGAUCCACCGCUUUGCCAAGGUCAUGCCGUCUUCAUCGUCGUCCUCGGCUGCGGGCGCGUCGACCAAGCGCGCGUUUGUCAAGCUGGCGCAGCCCGACAGUUCGCAGCGCCUCUUCAUCGACCUGGCGGCCGAACUCGCGGCGGCGCUGCACCACGUCGUCUUUGUCGAUUCCGUCGUGUACCGGCACGAGGAGCGGUCGCGCAUCCUCAACCUGCUCCGGCAGCACGUCAUGGGCAACCUGGUCAAGAUCUCGGGCGACUUCUACCGUCAAAAGGUCGGCAUCCCGCAGGGUUCCUCGCUCUCGACGAUGCUCUGCUCGUUCUUCUACGCUCACCUCGAGCGGACCAAGCUGGGCUUCGUCCGGGAGAGGGGCAGCCUGCUGAUGCGCUACACCGACGACUUCCUCUUUGUCACGACGAGCAAGCGCAAGGCCAAGACGUUCUACAGCGUCAUGCAUGACGGUCACGAGGAGUAUGGCUGCUUCAUCGCCAAGGAAAAGACGUUGGUCAACUUUGAUCUGCGGCAGAAGGACGAGGGCGGCAAGCCGCUCGUCGAGAGGUGCACGGGCAGGGGAUUCCCGUGGUGCGGCGUCCUGCUCGACACGAGCACGCUCGCCGUUGAGCCCGACCUUGAGCGGUACCGCAACAUCGACAUGCGCGAUACGCUCACCGUCGAAGCCUCUCGACGACCCGGCCUGGCUCUCAUCGAGAAGCUCUUCCAGUCCAUCAAGAGCCGGUGCCACAUCCUGUACACCGACACGGCGCUCAACUCGCAGGCGGGCGUCUACCGCAGCCUGUAUUCGGCCUUUGUCAUCGCAGCGCUCAAGUACGAGGCCUACCUGGCCGAACUCAAGACGCUCGGCAUCUCGUUUGCGCCCAGGUUCCUCAUCCAUGCGAUCCAGCAAGUCGUUCGACUUACGAAUACGGCCGUGGCCAGGAGGGCGGCGGCGGCUAAGAAGCUGCACAAGCACGCGCGCUGCAUUGUCGCUGCAGACUGGAUAGGGUGGCUGGGCCACCAUGCCUUCCUGCGCGUCCUGACGACUCGACACUUUCGCGACCCGACGCGGCGCCAGCGUCUCAACGACACAGAGGCACAGGUGGUACACCACCUCCUGGCCGCGACGAGCCGGCCGAGCCUGGCGCAGACGGCGCGUCUCAAACUGGCCAACCAGGCGUGGAGCAAAGCCGUCCGCGAACUCGGUUGGGCCUAG